AUGACGUCGUUAAAGUCAUCCGCUAUAUACGAUAAUUCUCAAAACUAUCACCAACCACCACCACAGCAGCAGCAGCAACAGCAGCAGCAGCAGCAACAGCAUCCUAUUCAUCAGCAGCAGCAACAGCAUAUGCACGCUAUGCCACAAUCGCCACACCUGGCACAACCACCAGUAUACUACCAUCAAGAGCGUUCUCCCACUUUAAGCACAACGUCUUCGACAUAUUUUGAAAAUGUCGAGUAUCAACGCGAAAACGGUCAAGUCCAGGGUCACUCUCAGUAUACACAGCCACACCAGCACCAGCACCAGCACCAGCACCAGCACCAAAUGAUUCCACACCAUUUGAUAGACAACCAGGGCCAGGUACAACACCCGUCCACGGCGCCAUCAUCUUCAACAAUACCAUCGCAAGCAACGUUCGAUGGGUCGCAACCACCACCGGAAAUCGAUGAUAAUGGCUCAAUGACAGGAAUACCUAUGUCUAACUCAACAGACCACACGGGCGGGUUUUUGGGAGAAGAAGAAGAAGCUGAGGCUGCAGCAGGAGAAACUGUAGGAGAACAACCAUUUUAUGUAAAUGCUAAACAGUAUCAUCGAAUACUAAAAAGAAGGAUAGCAAGAGCUAAAUUGGAGGAGAGUUUGAAAAUAGCCAGGAUAAGGAAGCCAUACUUGCAUGAAUCAAGACACAAACACGCAAUGAGAAGACCUCGAGGCCAAGGUGGUAGAUUCUUGACAGCUAGUGAAAUUGCAGAAUUAGAAAAGAAGAAAAAAUUACAACAAGAACAAGCAGAAGAAGGUGCAACAAAGGUGAAUUUAGAAAACGGUGACGUUGAAGAGCAGAAAACCGAUAACAGCGUACCGGACAACAAGCAGGUGGCACCAACAGAAACUAACAAAUCUGACUCAAGAGACAAAGUAAAAGAGAAUGGAAUUGAUGAUACAAAUACAAUAUCAGGUGCUACUGAUGUGGAUUUCGCCAACGUUCGGUUACCAGACAAUGUUGACUGCAAUGCACAAACAAACAUGGGUCAGGAAAAUCCGGAAUAA